GUCACGAUAUUUCAAUAUGGCCGUUGUCAUGAAACGGCUAAACGGGUAAGCAUCGCCGUUGGUAUUGUGAUCAGGCAGGUACGCUCUGUCUGUAAAGCGGUUCCACUGCAUUGGAAAUACUGUACGUUUGUUGAUUUGUUAGGCAUCAAAAGUGGUUGUUAGUCGCACCUAGACCCAUUACUAUACAUAACUCGCGUCAAUAUGAACGACAUAUCUGCGCCGACGAUCAGGAUAGAGGUGGCUUGCACCCGCGGGUUUAACAAGUCGCAGCAAAGCUGUGAAGUGUACCAGCACGUGCACGACAUCAUAGAGGAGCGGGAAACGAUUCGCAUGGGUACCACCUUCACCAUCCCGGUGCUGUCCGUGUUGCAGGUGGAGGUGUGCACCGACGUCGACCAGUACACGCCGCGAUCGGCGCUCCAGUUUAACUUCUACGUGCUGCAGGAACAGGAAGGUGUGACGGAAACCAUUACCCACUGUGCGGAGGAGAUGGAAAUCUCACACCACAUGCUGCUGCCGGCACGCGAACUGCACGGCCUGUGGGAGAGUUUGAUCUACGAGGAGGGGAUAAAGGACAGCGUGCUGGCGUUUGCCGAAACGUCGAUGCUCUUCGCACGCAAGGGUGUGGACAAGAAUCUGAUCACAUGCAACCGGCUGGCACUGUUUCACGGACCACCGGGGACAGGCAAGACGAGCCUGUGCAAAGCCAUCGCCCAGAAGCUGUCGAUACGGCUGAACGAGCAGUACCGACAUGCCCAUCUGGUGGAGAUCAACAGUCACAGUUUGUUUUCGCGCUGGUUUUCCGAGAGCGGCAAGUUGGUGCAGAAGGUGUUCAGCGAAAUCGUUGCCCUGCUGGAGGACGAACGAUCCUUGGUUUGCGUGCUGGUGGACGAGAUUGAAUCGAUCGCGUACGCCAGGGAUCGGAUCUCCUCGAACGAACCGAGCGACAGUAUACGGGUGGUGAACGCCGUGCUAACGCAGCUGGAUCGGUUACGUCGCUUCCCGAACGUCUUUAUCCUUGCCACAUCCAACCUGACGGACAGCAUCGAUGCAGCAUUCAUGGAUCGAGCCGACUUCGUGCAGUACAUUGGCCAUCCGACGGAGCCAGCUAUUUAUGACAUUUAUCGCUCGGCACUGUACAACCUCCAAUCCAUCGGUAUUGUGGAGAAGGAAGCGAACACUUCAAACCGGCGACUGUCGCAAACGGCGGCGAACACGACGGAUGGUAUACCGAGCUACGAGCAGGCGACCGAUCCGGCUAGACCGAGCAGCACCAUGCUGGACAUUUUGCUGCAGGUCGUGAAGCUGUCGGCAGGACUGAGCGGGCGCACGUUGCGCAAAAUUCCGUUCCUUGCGCACGCCUUGUACGUGAAGAAGGAAACGGAAAGCGUGCUAAACUUUCUAACCGCUAUGCGGCAAGCCAUCCGUAAGGUGCGCAACGAUAAGCGCUUGCUACUGGCCAAGGAUCGUUCCGCCGCCGAAGAGGUUACGGACGUUUCCGAGAAAGAGUCAAACGGAUCAUGCUUGUCCAAGUGGUGAAAACAUACGAAUGGCCGUCCAUUGCUGUAUUAUGAAAGCAUGUGUUGUUGUUCUAAAGCAGAUUUUGUUAGGAAAUAAAAAUACAAUCAGCAUACUCCCUGUGGACCGCACACGUUAAGCCGAGCAGCGGCAUCAACCAUACGGCAGCAUGAUGAACGACAAACGCUGUCCGGUAAAGGCUGUUGAAAACUGCGCCCAAACCACCAUGAAAUGCUAUCGAAUAGCAAGUGUCCAGCGGAAGCAGGGCAAGGCAAAGUGGGAUCAGAUGUACCAGCUCUGCUACAUGAUGGUACUGCAAAGAAGAAAAAAAGAAAAAAUAUUAUUAAAAAAUUAAUGUUACACAAGUUACAGCGGAUCUUACUUACCUUCGAUAUUGCAUGCCAAAGGUAUAACUGCGCCAGCAGGCAGUGGAUCUGCCAAAUGAUGAGCGUAUAGUGCAACCAUUGCUGCUCCUGAACGGCUCGUCGUGCCAGCAGACAGACAAACGUAGAUAUGCUGUUGAUCUAUUUAAACAAACACCAUUGAAAAUGGGGAUUGGAAAUGCAACUGCAAGGUGUAGAAAGCUUACCAAAAGCAGUAUGCAACAGGAAUGUAGAAAAAUUCUCACAUCUGCCGGUUCGGACGGUAACCAGCGCGAACAGAACGCCGACAAUCGCGUGCCGGACGACAGUGGGACGAAGUUUAACGGAUACGUCCAGUAUUCGGCAGGCCGUCUACAAAACCGAGCCUCGAAGCUGAGCUUCAUUUUCGCCGUAAGUGUGUCACUCUCACCUAUUUCCACUCUAGCGGUGGCUCACCAUUCCAACGGUUGCUUUGAUUAUGCUGUGCGAGGCCCGCUCCCGCUAGACACAAGAGGGAGGAGGGUGGUGCUUUCUUGCUUUGUUUUAUUCGUAA